CUGAUAGCCUAGUUCUAACCACUAAUUAUUAGAACACGUGUCACAGAGUGCUGCCAACGUGCCAUCGUACACAUCAUGAAGACGUCGCGACUGUCGUUUAUAAGUCUGACUAGCUUAUGCUACGUGUUCCUCGCGACAAUAGACGUGGACCAAGCGGUCUCAGGCGACGAAGAUGCGAACAAUGACGUCAUCACUAGAACGUCAAGACGAGGAGGCAGACGAUGUUAUGGCGGAGGAAGAGAUCUGCUGGGGCAGCUGUCGUCUGCUGUGACGUACUUCUCAGCUAAUUUGCAUACUACGGCCAUCGUCAGGAUGCCCAACUGCAUCUACUCCCCGUACAGCGUCUUCCAAGCUCUGGGCAUGACGUAUCUGGGCGCGCGCAGACUGACGGCGUACGAGAUGAAGAAGACGAUGAGCCUGAGGACUCUUGGGAGAUGCGCCCACGAAGCCAUCCACCUAGCCGCCGCCAACAUGUCCCAGCCAGGCGGCCUCGUUCUAAAGUCAGCCAAUCGGAUUUACAUUCGAGACGACGUACAACUGGCGGAUGAGUUCCAGCAGACACUAAGAUCGAGCUACAACUCGUCCAUCCAGCCGCUCGACUGGGACGACGAGAGGGGGCCGGAGGGGCCGAUCAAUGACUGGGUGUCCAGUGCUACAGAAGGUCUCAUUCCCGAUCUCCUGUUACAAGGAACUAUUAGCUCUGACACCGCAAUGGUUCUCGUUAACGCCAUAUACUUCAAAGCAAACUGGACAACAGUGUUUAAGUCGUCGGACACGACGAACGAGACGUUCCACCAGCCCACGCAGCAGCAGACGACAGUACCCAUGAUGCAUCUGGAGGGCAGGUUCCGGUUCGCACGUCUGGAUGACCACCACGCCCAGGUGCUGUUCCUCCCGUAUACCGGAAAUAGGUUUGGGAUGUUCGUCAUUCUUCCAGACGACAUUGACGGUCUUCCCGCCGUAGAGUCUGCUCUGACGUCUAUUCUUGCAGACAGCCUGGACAGCCUGAGUUCCACCGACGUUAGAGUCUCCCUGCCAAAGUUCAAACUGGAGUCCUCGUUCGACCUCAAGGAAGCUUUGAUAGACGUGGGGAUGGUGCGCCCGUUUUCUGCCAGACACGCCGAUUUCUCGAGGAUGACCGGACGCAACAAUCUCUACAUGUCGCGAGUCAUCCACAGGGCCGUCGUCGACGUCACAGAGACGGGGACGGAGGCAGCGGGCUUGACGGCUAUCAGCAUCAGUCUGACAUCUUUCAUAAGAAGCUGGACAGAUUUCAAGGCGGACCACCCCUUCGUGUUCGUCAUUCGAGAUAAUCUCACAAAGAUACCGCUCUUCGUUGGAAAGUAUUCAGGUGGUGAUUAACUGAAACUAGCUGAGCAAGCGUGUGUGUAGGGUGGGGCUCGGGGGUCGGACCCGUCCCCCCACCCGCCGCUCAAGCAAAUGUUCUUUUUUUCUCCCUUUAUAUUUUUCGGGGGUAGCAAGACUGUCACAUGUAUGUGUAUGUGCGCGCAUGCGUGCCCACGUGUGUGUAUGUGUGUCCAAAUAAAGUUAAACUACUA